GUUUACGACGCCGGGGAAUCCACAAUUGGGAAGAGCGACGGCACAACGCGCGAUAAUUCGAUGUUGCUCUACCUUGAACUCUUCGGAGGAGCAUCGUAUCCGCGGAUGGCCCGUGCGCCUGUCCUCGCAUCAAUAUUUCUCCGCUCCCGACAUCCCUCGCAUCGUCAUCGUCAUAGCUGCAUCGGGAACACCUGGCAGCAAAGCCGCGCCCACCCUCACGAUGCCUCCCAUCCCCACGCCCACACAAACCCUCCUCGCCCGCCUCUCCACCCUCUCCGAAUCCAACAAAGCGACCCAACAACUCAUCCAGCGCCUCGCGAAGCUCGACUUCCAGCCCGGAACCGUGUCCGCGGGCUCGGAAGACGGGGACGCUCGGGUAGAAUUGAGCAGUGAGAUUCACGACAACUUGAAGCAGUUGGAUGAGGAGUUUGAGAUUUUGAGACUCGAGGUCGAGGACGUGGUACAGCCUUUGCAGCGGAGUUUGAACAGGGAUAGUGCGAGGAGGAGGGAUAGUGCGAGGGACGCUGAGAAAGGGCGGUUGGCGGUUUUGUUGGCGAGGGUGGAGGAGGAUUUGAAGUCUUCACGCACCCAAUUCCGCAAAGCACAACUCGCAGCAAAACGCAACGCCGACCGCGCAAAACUGAAGGAGCGCGAACUCCUCUUCUCGUCCUUACAAUCCGACUCCCCUUCUACCCCCCCAUCCAACCACAGACGACGAAUCGCAAACUCGAACCUCACCGAACAAGAAGUCCUCGCAGGUGCCGCAUCGGACAUCACAGCCGCCCUCCGCCGCACCCAGGCGUUGAUGCAAUCGGAGCUCUCGCGCUCGAGAUUCGCGCAAGAGACACUCGAACAGAGCACCGCGGCCCUACAGGAACUGGGCGAGAAGUACACGGAUCUGAACACGUUGCUGAGUAAGAGCAGGACGCUCGUCACAACGCUGCUCAAGAGCCAGAAGAGCUAUACGUGGUACCUGGAGACGACGCUGUACAUUCUCAUCACGACGGUGAUUUGGCUCAUCUUUCGGCGGUGGUUGUACGGCCCGAUUACGUGGUUUGUCGUCUGGCCGCUAAAACUGGUCUUCCGGGUCGCCUUCGCCGUGAUCCCGUCUGCCGGUGUCGCCAAAAGCCCCUCGUCGUCGAGUCUAGCAUAUCCGGAACAGCCGAGUACGAGUUUGAUUGUGAAACCGAGUGCGACGGACAAACCGCCGAAAUUCGCGCAGGAUCAUAGGCCGGCGUACGUACCUGUGGGAGCGGGUGGGAGAGCGUAUCAGAAGGAUCCGAAUCUAAGGGAGAGUUUGAGUGAGAAGGUUGGGAGGAUGGCGGAGCAGAGUCAGGCGGCGGAGCAUCCACAGCUUAAGGAGGAGCGGCAAGAAGGGCAGGAGCGGGAGCAGCAGAAGGAGCAGGUGGUUAGAGGGGAUGGGACGGUGCUGCCGGAGAGGGGAAAUGACAGACCAGUCAAUCCGAAGAAGAAGAUGUGGGAUGAGAGCGUGGAGGGACCCAAGCAUGAAAACGCGGAACGGGAGAGGAAGAAGGCGGAGGAGGCUGCGGCUGGGAGUGGCGGGGCGAGAAGGAAGAGAGAUGAGCUGUGAGCGUCUGCUUGCGUUUGGUUUUAUAACUUGAUGCGGAG